AUGGUGGUGUGGAAAGAAGAAAAUCGCGAUCGUUUUCCGCGGAACGGUAAGGCACUGCGCAGCAUCCUCUCAGCACUGAGCUUUUUUCAGAUGAGUUCGAUCGGCACGGGCUACGACCUCGCGGCGGCGACGUUCUCACCCGAUGGGCGCAUCUUCCAAGUGGAUAAUGGUGGUACGAUGAUUGCGAUCCGAGGCAAGGAUGGCGUUGUCACGGCGUUCGACAAGCUCGUAACGUCGAAAUUGUACGUUGAGAAUGCAAAUCCCCGGAUGGCAAAUGCGGGCGAGUACAUUGGAAUGGCAAUGGCUGGUGUAUAUCCAGACUGCAGGGCACUGCUGGACUACGCUCUAGCCGAAUACGUACAUGUAUAUACGCUCGGAAUUAGCAGACCUUUUGGAUCUUCCAUAUUCCUGACCGCCUGGGAUGAAAAGGUUUGUAUCCUUUUUUUAUCGCUGAAAUAUAUUUUAACUCACUUAAUUGACCCUGCCGAAUUUCCUCACGCCCAGUUUAAGAAAUCCAAGAAAUAUCUGUAG